GUGCACUAAUUACUCCAAUCUUUCCUCUUGGACACCAGAGCGUGGUCACUCCAUUCUUUAUGAAGACAAAAGCCAGUAGAGGCUUUGUCGCGGCAUGAUAGGAAUUACUUCUUACUCCUCAACCUAGACUUCGACUUGCUAGUUAUGUAAGUUGGCAUGGCAAAAGAAACGCACGACGAAGCUGCCAUGGCUACAAAGUCGAAGGAUGGCGGGAAUGUCUCGGAUCAAGUCCAGAAUGGGUGUCGUGAAAGCAAGAACAGCGAAUUCCCUGCUUGUCAAUCAUGUCGCAAGAAGAAAGCAAAAUGCUCUCGGCAACAGCCCUGUACACAGUGUGAGCAAAUAAAUAUUGAAUGUGUUUAUGAUGAUAAGAAAAUAAGGCCGGGUCUACGGACUGGUGCCGUUGAGAGUUUGAGCCAGAGAGUGGCAGCACUGGAAAGCAUGUUCUUGGGACAAGGGCUCCUACUGCAGCCACUGCUCGAACGAGCGCUGUCUUUGCAGUCGCCAAUUUUGGCUUCCACUGACGAUGAAGAUAAAUCAUACAACUCAGGAUCUCUAGUAAACCAAGUUGACAAUUUAAAAGCAGUUUUAUCAAACGCGUCCGCGAAUUGUUCGGAGCAAACACAGAUCGACACUGAUCUGCAUUCUCAGCACAAGGCAAAGCGACGACGGGUUGACGAUCCUUUGUCUUUGCUUAGCACAGAAUUGAGAGUAGUGAACAGCCAAAGAGACAAUUUAGAAUGGACUGAAUUACCCCCAACAGAUCUUCUGAAUGAUUUGGUUGAAAUAUAUUUUACAAACAUCCAUCCUUGGAUUCCAAUCUUGCAUGUGAGGAAUUUCAGACUUCAAAUGCACGAUUCUAUGGAGCGACCUCGGCUCGAGAUAAUUUUCCAUGCCAUUGUCUCCGUUUGCGUGAGGUUUUCCACUGAUUCGCGAUUUAAUGAACCAGAGCUGAGAGCUCGAUAUGCAAAACGCAGCCGCCAGACCGUAAUUUUAGAGAGCAUGGAAAAUUUCUCAGUGCAAAACCUUCAGGCGAUGGUAAUUAUUGCAUUUGACACAAUCGGCAGUGGGCGUGGACCAUCUGCAUGGUCCAUUAUUGGCAGUAUGACACGAACAGUAGAGCAACUACAACUAAGCGUUGAAGAUGAGGGGAAUUACAAUUGUAAAGAGGGGACAGAGUUCUUGAUACGAAGGAUGGCUUUCCUUGAUGUACCAGAAACCUGGUUGGAAUCUGAAGAACGGAGAAGAGUCUUCUGGAAUGUUUUUCUGAUGGAUCGGUUCUGCAGUGUUGCCACAGGAUGGAACAAGAGUCUCACAGAUGCUGAUGUACGAAGGCGGCUGCCUGCCGAAGGAGCGUUAUGGGAAGCGGGUCGGGAGGUACAGACACCUUAUUUUGGCGUGGCUGACCAGUCAUCCUCAGCACGAGUAACAAGUCAUGCAGCUUCUACGACACCACGGAGUGUUGGUGACCCUGAAAUCGAAUCGAUUGGUGGUUUUGCGUAUUGUAUUGAAGCCACAGAGUCCCUCUCCUUGGUUACCACCUUCUUUCUACAGCAUGCAGUUAAUGUUUCUAAUGUCCAGGAAGUUCAAAUGUGGCUCAUGCGAUUCAAGGAGCUCGAUUUGCGUUUGAUUCAAUGGAAACUUUUCCUGCCACCAAAGUGGCGAGAGGCAUCAGUUUUAAACGCUGAUGGCGUCAUGGAUCCUAAUUUAACCCUUGCUCAUAUUACACACAACACUUCCGUUAUACUUCUCCAUCAAGGUAUUGCUUAUCCAUCUCCACAAUGGCGCUCGUGCCCGAUUAGACUACCUUCCGAUUCAAGUGCAUCAACUUGUAUCACGGCUGCUAGCGAGGUCUCGACUAUUGUCCAGAACUUUUUACUACACUCGACAACACUCACAAAUCCUCAAUUUGCAUUUUGUAUCUUUAUGUCGGCACGUGUGCUCCAUGCGCAUGCCAAAUACCAUAAUGUUCCACUGUCAAGCGACUUUUCUGUUCUCGUUUCUUCUCUUCAUGAGAUUGCUCGCCGCUUUUCGGGACCACACGCCACAGCUUCAGAAAAUCUUGCAUCACGUUUUGCUUCCCGUCUCAUCAAAGGAAAAGCUUCGAUUUCAGGCACUACCUUAGGUCCCAGUCUCGAUAUACGAAAAACAGCCUACUCUAAUCCUACUGCACCUCCUUCACCUAAUGCUAUUCCUGAGGACUUUGGAAAUCAUUCCCCAGACUCAAUUUCAUUGGCAUUUCCUCCACUUCCACCUAGCUUUCAAUACACCAAAGACAAUUGGUCUCAACCGGCCACAAACUCUACGGAUGAUAUUUUGAGUCGUAAUAUUUACCCUGGGCUGUCACAACCAACUAUUCCAGCACACAUCCAGGCUCAAGUUGCCUUUAGUAAACAAGCGUUGCAGCCUCAUACAAACGAAGAGGCAGCAAUUAUCCCGCCUAGACAUAGUGAGCAACAGAAUCAGCAGUGGAUGAACUUGGAUCCAUUUGAGGAGCUCAGUGGAAUUUUUAAUGAUUCUUACCCUUCACUGCAACGGAUCAGCACCUUUGCUGGCGAGCAAAAAGGUAACAAGUCAAGAGAAGAUGGUAAAUCUGUUUAGAGCCAAUUUCAGCGCUUUUCUAUCCGAGGCUACAUGAUUUCUCCUCGCAUUUUCAGCGAAAUAUCGAUAUUGUUGGUACGAGAAGGAUACGGAAGACGUAGCACCCACGAAUUGCGUAGGUCCUGUAUGUCUAAUUGUAUUCUGUCUAAAGAGCUAGCUACGUAUUGAAAGUAGUAAGUCUUAUAAAGACUUAUUGAAAGAGCUAGUCUCUUUCGUAUUAGCUUAGGGCUUUACUACAGUAGCUAUAUUACAGUGGUAAUUGAAUUGAAGUCAUUCACUUCGUUCACACAGAUAUAAAGACGCCAAUAAAAGUAUUUACCGAUCGUCUAGCCAGCUUAUUGAACGAAUUACAUAGUUUAUUUAAUUUCUUUCCUCCACCCA